UCAUUGGACAGGUCCAAACAAUAAUGGCGUCGUACAGCGACACGGGCGUCACACAAACCGGCUCCGAACCGCGCGAAAAGAAACCUCCCGCCGUGUCCUUUGGCUUUUCUAAAACUGUCAGCAAGUUUAAACCUCCCCCCGGAGAGUUUGCUGCAAAGACACAAGACAGAGAUUAUCUCACAGGAAUUCAGCACAACGAGCUACAGAGCACAAAGCCACAGGUGAAGCCCAAAGAGCUCAUCAUCCCGUUGAUCCAGAAGAAUCACUGGCACAAACCGAGCAGUGCGGCCCAAAAUGAGGCAAAGGUCAAGAAAGACAAAGAGCCGACCCAGGAGGACGACUCCAUGGUGUCUCAGGCUGUCAAAGAGCUGAUAGAAGAUUCCCGGAGGCAGCUGGACGAGUGGCAGAAUGGAACAGACUCUGAGAAGCAUGUGAACCUGAGCAUCCCCUUAUUGAUGCAAAACAAAGUACCAGAUGGAUUUGAGGAUGGAGAUCACGUCAAUGUGGACUUAAGGCCUGAGUCUUCCACAGAGGCAGAUUAUGAGAGUGUCCCUGUUGAAGCUUAUGGACUGGCAAUGCUGAAGGGGAUGGGCUGGAAGAAAGACGAAGGGAUCGGACGCACGUUUAAACAAGAUGUAAAACCGAUUGAGCACCAGCUCCGGCCAAAGGGGCUCGGCCUGGGAGCGGAUCGAUCAGCGAUCAAAGACCUAGAGCCCAACAAACGUAAACGUCCCCCGAAACCAGGCGAGGAGCGGGACAAAGAGGAGGAGCUGGUGAUGGGGCCUGGAGGCUGUGUGCAGGUGCAGUCAGGAGCGCACAAAGAGCUGUAUGGAAAGAUCGAAGGCGUUGACGCAGAUAACGCUCGUGUGAUGGUGAAGCUGGCGAUCGGCGGUAAGACGGUGACCAUCAGCCAGUACGCGGUCAAACUGGUGGAGCGCAAAGAGUACGAGAAAUACGGCAAAGAUCUCAGUCGACUCAGUAAAGCUCAUAAAGAGAAAGAGCGAGAGAAGGACAGAGAGAGGCAAAAACGAGAAGAGAGGAGCCACACGGAUGAGGUCAAACACAAAUCUUCAGAAAAACAUUCAGGAAAAGAAGAACGGAAAAGGAAACACCAGGACUCCAGUCAGGACAGAGAGAGAGAGAAGGCGCCAAAAAAGGAGCCCAAACGACCCUCAGCUCCACCGUCCUGGCUGCAGAGGGACCUAAAAGUUCGCUUCAUCGACAAAACAUUUAAAGGGGGAAAGUACUACAAUUCAAAGAUGCGCAUUGAGGACGUUCUGACGCCGAGCACCUGCGUUUGUCGAACUGAAGAGGGAAGACUGCUCGACGAUAUAAAACAGGACAUGCUAGAAACCAUCAUCCCCAAGAGUGAAAACGACGCCGUGAUGGUCGUACUGGGAGAACACAGAGGACAGGUCGGGCGUAUUCUGCAGCGGGACAAGAGUAAGUGCAAAGCGAUGGUGCAGCUCGAUCGUUACGAGGAGAAAGUGUUCACGUUGGACUAUGACAUCAUCUGCCAUUACGUCGGCGCCACAGAUCACUGA